GUACAAAGAUGAAUCCUGAAAAUUUCGAUUUUCAAACGAUAAUUUUGAAUUUAUGACUGAUUUCAAUUUCUGCAUGUUGGCAGUUGGUAUUGUACAUCUCUGAUUUUGACGUUUGUUUGAGCACUAGCCUAAUUUUGACUUAAAAUUAAAAGUGGAAAUUAUUCCAUACUACAUAUUUAUCUUUCGUAACCGCAAUAUUCCCUGUUUUAAGUGUAUUGUUAUGAUCCUUUUUCAAUAGUAUUUGAUAAUAAAUUCAUGGAAAUGGCCAACAUAGCUGCGCAAAGAAUAAAACGAGAAUUCAAAGAGGUUAUCAAGAGUGAAGAGGUUGCGAAAUGCGCUAUUAGAGUUGAGCUUUUGAAUGACAGUUUCACUGAACUGAGAGGAGAAAUUGCUGGCCCCCCAGACACCCCCUACGAAGGGGGUACAUUUGUUUUAGAGAUCAAAGUUCCUGAAACUUACCCAUUCAAUCCCCCUAAGGUACGAUUUGUAACUAAAAUAUGGCAUCCCAAUAUAUCUUCUGUAACAGGAGCAAUAUGUUUAGAUAUAUUGAAAGACCAAUGGGCAGCUGCUAUGACUUUACGGACAGUCUUACUAUCUCUUCAAGCACUCUUGAGCGCUGCAGAGCCAGAUGACCCACAAGAUGCAGUAGUAGCUAAGCAGUAUAAGGAAAAUAAUGAAAUGUUUCAGAUGACUGCCCGUCAUUGGACAAAUGUAUAUGCCGGAGGUCCAAAUGCAAAUAAAGAGUGUGAUGAGAAAAUUCGUAGACUAGUAGAUAUGGGUGUAGAAGAGCAUCAAGCUCGGGUUGCAUUGUCAUCUUAUGAUUGGGAAUUGGAAAGAGCUACUGAACAGAUCUUUAGUUAGUAAAUUUCAUUUUUAAAUCAAUUUUUCUGUGAAUUUUUUUUAUUAUGUGAAUCUCCAUUCAUGUCAUACUUUUGAAUAAAUUUAUUUGAUUGCUGUAGCAAUGUGUACAUAAAGUUGGAAUAUUGAUUAUGAGGAUUGUUUUGCAUUUAUUUAGUGUCAUAUCGUUUCUCGUUGAAAAUAAAUUAUUGAAAGUUUCAUGUACCUAUA